AACUUUGAACAUUCAAUGUUACGUAUGUAGUAAAAGGUGGGGGUUUUUUAUUGAAUAUUGAAAGAAGUCGCAAUACACUCGGCGGUUACACUGAGUACUUACAAACACCGUUAAGUCCAUCGGUGUUUACCGCAAAUGGCAAUCUCCCCAGGUACUUACAAAGCGUUAGAAGUAGAUAGACGACAGAAAACACCAAUCGAACCCUCUCGUCUUUUCUUACAUGUUACGUACAGAAGAGGGGAUAAUUUAGUUUUGACACCUAACCUACCUACCUUACUCAUUAUCAAUAUUACAUAUCAAUAACAUCCUGACAUCAAGUCCCAGUUUGCCGGCCAACAUUCCAACAACCACAUCAACAACCAAAAAACACCAAAAACCACUACACCUAAAACUACCUAGUGAUUUCCAUCAUGGCCGCCGCAAAAAUUUACAACCUGCCCAAGGAUGCAGUCUGGUUCAUUACUGGAUCCUCAUCAGGGAUUGGACUGGCCCUGGCUCAGCUCAUUGCCUCCCACCCUACACAGAGACUAGUGGCUACGGCGCGAAAGUCUUCCAAACUUACCGAGCUUAUAUCCCAGUCUGAACGGGUACUCUUCGUAGACCUCGACGUCACAUCAGAGGAAUCUAUUGACGCCGCCGUUAACACGGCUGUCUCCAAGUUUGGCCGAAUCGACGUCGUGGUCAACAACGCUGGCUAUGCCCUACAGGGAGAUACUGAAUCCAGCCUUGAGGGCGAGGGUAAGGCGCAGGCACGCCAGGUAGUCGAGACGAACUUCUGGGGUACAGCGAGACUGUCUAUUCAUGCCAUGCGCGUCUUCCGAGAGGAGAACCCCAAGACAGGCCAGCAAGGCGGUGUGGUACUCAACGUGACGUCUCUGGGAGGCUUCGCUGGUUUCCCCGGCACUGCAUACUACCACGCCGGCAAGUUUGCCGUCGAGGGUUUCACCGAAAGUGUUAGCAAGGAGGUUAAGCCCGAGUGGAACAUUCACUUCUGCCUCAUCGAGCCUGGCGGCACCAGCACUCGAUUCACGGACGGUGGCAGCAUGGUCUGGCUCGCACCCCACCCGGCCUACACGGCACCGGACUGCCCAGCGAGAAUCAUGGAGGGCUACAUCAAGAACCCGGAGAUGAAGAAGACGUGGACACCAGCCGAGCGUGUUGCCGGUGCGAUGUACCAGGUCGUUGCUCGCGCCAAGCCCAUCCCCAUCAGACUGCCACUCACCCUCGGUGCUUGGCAGGUUGUCAAGGCUGAUAUCGCAGCUUGUGAGAAGGAGCUGGAUGAGGUGAAGGAUCUGAGUAUCUCGGUUGAGGUCAAUGAUGAGAACAAAGUCGGUGAAUUCCUGAUAGGGAACUAUUAGGAGGCAAAAGUAGGCAAGGAAGGUCAAUUGUAUGCCAGCACACGUAUUAACGGUAUCCUCGACCUGCCAAGGAGGUUGUCGUCGCGAUGACCGAUUUUAGAUAUCUGCUCCUAGGUAGUGAUUACUAGGUACCUAUCCAGACUGCCUAGUGCUAUAUAUAGAUGCCUCGAUAGAUUACGUGAAGCUUAGACUGCUUAGAUUAGGUGAUUACUAGUGCUGAGCAGCUGAUACAAUCCAAGCAGUGCUACAUGAAA